AUGCCUAAUCUCACUAUAGAGGAGAUCGAACAGAAAAUCUUUGAAGCUAAGCUAUGGAAAGCACCCGGAGAGGAUGGCCUCCCAGUAAUGAGACCUAUAUCACUGCUCUCUACACUAGGCAAGAUCCUGGAAGUGGUUAUUGCAGAAAGGAUAUUAUAUGCCAUUGAAACAUUCAGUCUAUUGCCUACAAACCACUUUGGAGCAAGGAAAAGGCACUCGGCAGAACAAGCACUGUUACUACUUCAGGAAGAAAUCUACAAGGCCUGGAGAAAUAGGAAGUAUGUCACGAGAAGGUUGUUGGCUGCGCUUCAAACCCAUGCAAAUGCUCGACGCUACGAUCAGGCACAGAAAAUCAAGGCCAAAUUUACCAAGUUCAUGCAAGACAAGGGAUUCCCGGUAGCAUUGACAGAGCCGAUCGAAAGACCACCAAUCCCGAGUUAUCAACAGGUUGAGAUCGAUCAGACUAUUAGCGACAACCAGGGAAGGGCUGGUUUUAACACUGAGCUCGAGCAGACAGUGAGGGACUUUGUGAAAACUGAGAAUAGCGCUGGAUUUUCGAAAAAGCAUGUAGAGACUAUCGAGAAAGCGCUGAAUGUGUACAACAAUCUCGCCGAGGCCUGCAAAGCAGCAUGA